AUGCUAACGCUGGGUCGCGUUGUCCACAGUCUUCGCUCUGCUUCGGCCCUGCCUGGUCUACGUGCAGCCUAUGCAACAAAGCCAGGGCAGGCUGUCAUGCCCGGAGACCUCGCUGACAUAUUCACUGGUCUGGGCACAGACUCGAAAACCGAGGAUGUGUCAGGCGCCCAUGCCUUCUCGGGCUAUGUUACGCCUCUCAAGUCUGGAGCACCUGUGAAACCUUACGACUUGACGCACGAAGCAAGAACAGGUUCGAAAGGACCGAGAAGACGACCACUAUUGGUCGCACCAACCUCCCGCGAAGCCCGCAAGCGCGAUAUAUUCGCCCAACUCGACAUCGACCCUCUCUCCUUGGCUACAUCGCCUGCUAUCCUGUCACACUUCGUCACCAACAUGGGCCAAAUUAAGCCUCGAACCCAGACUGGCCUUACCGUCAAGUCUCAACGAAAGCUGGGCAAAGCAAUUCGAAGGGCCAGAAUGAUGGGCGUUAUUCCAAUCCUUAGUCGUCUCCCUGAAACUCGGUGGAGGUAG